AUGGAUGACAUUCGUCAAUACGCAAGUUGUCUCAUUCAUCGUCGACUUGCAUCACUUCUCUUAGUUUGUGACAACAUUAUUGUUAGUGAUGAAAUCAGUACUCGACUUCUCGAAAGCAUGGAUGAAGAACCACGAACAAUUGAUCUUAAUCUUGCUCUCACUUUGCACCUGUCAUCCACCGAUGAUAUCAUUCUAUUGAAACAAUUUGCUAAUAGUUGCCAUCUCACCGAUGGACUCUAUAUGAUCGAAUGUAUGUCAAAUGGUGAGUGGUUUACAGAUGGAAAUGACGAUUUGUGUACAAGUGCAAAAAGUUUACAUCAUGAAAGAAUAUUCUCGAUCAAACAAAUCAAUAUCAACUGGCAUGGUCGUGAGUACGAAUUGCGCAACAAUUCAAGUAAUCAUCUUCUCACAGUGUUAAUAUCGCACUUUGAGGAAGAGUAUUGGCUAUGCUCGUCAUUACUUUCCACACGUCGGCCUUUAUCUUCUUGCUCAUGUUCUACUUUCACAUUCGAACGUAUUAGUGACAGCGAUCAAUUCUAUAUUCGAUCAAAUCAUUCAAGAGCCAAACGACUCCAAGUCGCAGGUCAACGAAUCAUUUCUUCUGUUUGCAAUGAUGAGAGCACAGUUGUUCAUCAAUUCAAACUGCAUCGCAUUUCACAGUGAAAUAAUUUGAAUAUAAUCAAUCCUCAUUUUUCAUUCAAAACUUGUUUGCUUCGGUAGAAAAAUUUUUAGAUUAAUGACUUGAGCAUAGCUUCUUCUUAUGGUCAAAAUUUAAGAUCAUGAGAUAAGAAAAAAAAGCAAAUUUUGUUGAAGUUCCGAUGUCUUUUUCUGAUCGUACUGCAUUUAAACUGACUAACUUUAUUAGAAUUAUGAGUAGUUGGUUAUUCUUAUUCAGAUAUAACCUCUCUCUCUAUAAUGAGUUCACUCCUCUCGAGAUUAAAAUAAAAAUAAAAAAAGUUUUUUGUGUUUUUGUAGAAUUUUAUUUGUUGACUAGUUUCUGUCAAGUUAUAACUUGACGUCAUCAGAAUCUACAGAAAACUUAUUUUACAAAAAACCUAUCUUUACAACAAAACUUAUCUUUACAACAACAACAACGCUAAAGUAAAAUAUCUCCAAAGGGUCUAAAGGACCCUAAGAAGGAACAAUAACAAGAAAGGCGCAAGAGAAAAUAAACCAU